AUGCGUGUUGUUUUUUCCCUCACAACAAGAAACACUACUACUACUACUACUACUGCUAUGUUUUUCGGCUUAAAACUCCAAUCGUCGUCGAAAACGACACAGAAAUGGAUCCCGUACGUUCCACCGCCGGAGGAUAACUUCAGCUGCCACAUCUCGCAGAUCGCACUCACGAAACCACUGAAACCGAACCAACGCGUGUACGUGAAAAUCCGAACGGAAACCGACGAAGCCGCGCUCGCUGGGAUCGAUCCGAUGAUGGGAAAUGAUGACGACGAAACAGAUACCAAGGAAGAGUUCGUCUUGUGCGCCUUUAUAGGGAACGCGGUGGAAUCGACGAGUGUGAAUUUAGUCUUGAGAGAUUACUGCGAAUUUACGGUGGAGACGACGGAUUCUGGGAAUGAAGUGGAAGCGCACGUGACUGGGUAUUACGUGCCGGAAUACGACGAGGAUGAAGAGGCGGCGAUGCGGAUGUACGGAGGCGGCGGAGAGGACGGGGAGGAGAUGUACGACGAGGACGACGAUGAGGAUGAGGAUGAGGAUGAGGAUGAGGAUUUUAUGGGGUUUGAUGACGAGGACGUCGAGGAGGACUUUACGUCGUCGGAAGAUGAAGACGAUUUGAGCGAGGAGGACGAUAGCGAAGAGGAGGAAGAGGCGUUGCGAGAGGCGGGCGCCAGUGGAGGGAAGAAAAAAGUUACGCAAAAAGGAGGGGUGGUCAUUAAAGAGCUUUCUUCGGACGACGAAGACGAGGAAGCUUCGGAAUCGGAAGAAGAAGAAGAAGAAGAAGAAGCUAAAGAAGAACCGAAAAAACGACAACAACAACAACAAGCGGUAGCACCAAAAGCGAGUAAGAAGCAAAAGACUGAAACCAAACAAAACGCUAACGCCAACAAAGACAACGUCAACACGCAAAAGCCGACGAAAGAGCACCGAAACGGCAUGGAAAUAGUCAACACGCACCAAACCUCGAAACCGAACAGUAAAAAAGCGACGCCAGGGUCUCGGUGUCAAAUGAAAUACGUCGGUAAACUUCCGUCCGGAAAAAUCUUUGACCAAACGAAAGGCAACGCCGGAUUCACCUUCCGAUUAGGCGUCGGCGAAGUCAUCAAAGGUUGGGACGUCGGCGUCAACGGCAUGCGCGAAGGCGACAAGAGAACUUUAUACGUCCCGGCGUCCAUGGGGUACGGUAAAAAAGGAGUCCCCGGGACCAUCCCGAAGAACUCUCCUUUAGUCUUCGACGUCGAGUUGAUGCGCGUUCUCUAA